AUGUACGUCUCAACAAUAAGACUUACCAUUUUCCUGUUUGUCACGACGGCUCUUGCUUCAGUGGUGGAGCUGGAUACGUCCAACUUCAAUGAUUUGGUCUUGAACUCGGGCAAAAACACUCUGGUGAAGUUCUAUGCCUCGUGGUGCAGCCACUGUUCUAAGCUGGAACCUGUUUGGGAGGAAUUGGCCACUGCUUACGAGAAAGAGCCAAAUGUACAAAUCGCUCGCAUUGACGCCGACAAACACCAAAAGGUGGGCAAGCAGUAUGGCAUCGAUGGAUACCCGACGAUAAAACUCUUCAAGAAGGACGACGUUCAGCAUCCCAUAGAGUUUGAGGGCGCCAGAUCUGUGGAGUCCUUCACCAACUUCAUUUCUGCCCACACUGGUGUGAAACCUCCUGGCUCUGCCCCUUCUCUCGUGGUGAAGCUGAAUGAUUUGAACAUUGAGGAUAUUGUCGGGCACAAAGAUGCUUUUAUUGCUGUCACCGCAGACUGGUGCGGCCAUUGCAAGAGACUCAAGCCAACUUGGCAGAAACUUGCAGAAAUCUACCAAGGUGACUCUGACGUUGUUAUCAUUGGACAAGUUCAGGUCACAGAUCCCGAGCCAUCGGAGUGGAUCAAGGAAAAGUUUCAGAUUCGCUCAUUCCCUACCUUGCUCUACAUCAAAAAUGGAGACUGGCAAAACCCAGAAAUUUAUGAAGGCCCAAGAACUCUUGCAGCAUUCACUGAAUUUGUCAACGAACGAGCUGGUACCACCAGAGCCGAGGACGGUGGACUUCAUCCAGACGCUGGCCUGCUACACUCCUUGGACGAUCUGGUUUCCACAUUUGUUGGCUCGACAAAACAAGAGCGUGUGAAGCUAGCCAAUAAACUGACAGAAGCACUUAACAAUCUCAAGAAGGAGCACAAAUAUGCCAAAGAAAUCAGAUAUUACACGAAGCUCAUCAACAGUCUAGUCAACGGCCCUUACGACUUCAUUCCUCGAGAGAUUGCUAGACUGGAGAAAAUGUUGAACGAAGAUCUUGCUCCUGAGGCCAGAGACUCGGCGCUUUUCAGACUAAACAUACUGAGGUACUUCAACAGCUGUGUUACACCAAAUACACAUAAAUAA